CAAUAAAAUUAAGAUCUUCUGUGUACUGUUCCAAAUUUCGUCAUAUUUUUCAAAUCGAAAUGUCUUAUUUGCAAUCAAAUAUUGGCUGGGAUGAUGUUGUAGUAUUGAGGAAACCUCAACAAGGAAAUGAAUUAAAGUCUCAAAAAGCAAUUAAAGAAGCUCAACGAAAAGGGGUUCCUGUCGAUACUGCCAAGAAAUAUGCAGCUGGCACCAACAAACAAAAAAGUGUUGAUAAAAAUACCCUUAAACUUGAACAAGACACAGAAAAUUUGCAACAUGAAAAGGUUCCUCUUGAGUUAGGAAAGAUAAUAUCUAAAAGGAGAGUUGAAAUGAAUAUGACCCAAAAGGAUUUGGCAACUAAAAUUUGUGAAAAACCUCAAAUAGUCAAUGAAUAUGAAAGUGGAAAAGCUAUACCCAACCAACAAAUCAUUUCUAAGAUGGAAAGAAUUUUAAGUAUGAAAUUGAGAGGUAAAGACAAAGGGAAACUGAUUGCACCCCCAACUACAAAUAUACAAACUACAAAAAAAUAAAAAUAAUACAAUAAUUUUUUAACUUUAUUAAUAUAUUAUAUAUCUCUAUUUUUAUUUUACUGAUAAUAUUUACUAUGAUUAUAAAUUAUUAUAAAAAUGUAUAAUUUAUAAGAUUUAUUUUAUUCUUGUAAUUUCUAUUGUUAUUUUAAUAAAAGAAAGAGACAUU